CUGCGCUAAGUGAUGGCAAGCUAAAUAGCAAGAUAAGUCCACAUCUGGCCAAAAAAGGAGGACAUAUUCUUAGAAGUGGUGAAUCAUCUGAUUCAUCUGAGUCUGAGGAUACCAGUAACGCAGAAGAGUCAGAUUCUGAUAAAUCUAGUGAAACAUCCAGCUCGGAAUUUUCGUCAGAAAUUACCAACCCAAAUGAAUUUGAAAAUCUAGGAGAACAAAAAGGAAAAGGCACCCAAUAUCUCGUAGACCAAAUAGCAACCAUUGAUUUUAAUUUUGAAAGAAUUAAGAAAAUGAGUGAUAAAGAAGCUCAGACACAUGUCGACAAAAUGAAAAAUAUCGACAUAUUAUCACAAAACCUUAAAGAAACUAAGUCACAUAAAACAUUACAAGAAAAACUAUUUAAAAUCAUACAAUGGUAUGAUCAACAAACUGAUGAAACACAGAGGACUUAUAACAAAGAUUUAGAAAAUGAGGAAACACGAUAUAUUGAGAAUACAGAUGAUGCUCUCGAUAUAAGACCAGAACAAUAUAUAAAUCUAAAAGAACCUCAUAGAAGAGCUGUUAUAGCUAAGCUGACUGCAAUAGCCAAUACAAAUAAAAAUGAAGAAGAAAGAAAAAGAGCUAACAAUAGAUGGAGAGAUAACGCUGCAAUGGAACAUUCUGGUAGUAAUGCUAGUAUGACAAGUGAAGCUGGAUCUUCAUGGAGUGAAAACUCUGCAGCUGAAGAUAAAAAGUUUCAAGAAGAACAAGAUAAAAUAAGAGAACCAACAAGUCAACCACAAAUAUUACCUCUAUUAUUAGACUCAGCAGCAUCAAUAGCUAAAACUACUAGCUCUAGCUCAACAAAUAUAAAAUCAACCAGUAGUAGUGAACAACCAAUACAGAGUAAUGCAAGAGGCACACCACCUGUAAAACUGAAGGAUAAUCAGUAUGGUUAUAAUACUGACGAAAUUAUGAAUUUAGAACAAUUAUACUGGAGACCUCAGAAAAAGAAAAU